UCCUGAGUCUCACACGCCAGAAUGGAAACGCUCCUCGGUGCGCUCACUGGCACACCUCCCUCUCCUCCUCCUCAGCUUCCUCUUCUUCUCGAUUGCGCAUCGGCACUCCGGCAGCAGCACACCGGGAGGAGAAAACAGUGAGGAUGGUGAUGAACUCUCUGGAAUGAAGUUUGAAGAUGUUGAGGCUGGGUUUGGACUCUGCUCGUGUCGCUGUGUGGAGUAUGUCACAGGCAGAUCUCCAGCUGGGCUGAUGCUGAUUCAUGAAGCCAUGACGCGCGCUCUGGUUCUGAUGCGUUCUGCGUGAAGCUGCUCCACAAACCCUCCUGAACCUGGAAUAAAGAGGACUUGUGACCAAAGACACCCAUGUAACGAUGUGAGAGGAGAGUUCGUGCGCACACAUCUUCAGUCAUUGGGAGUAAACUGCACCAGCGCGUCAGAGCUGCGGCCGUUACGCAUGGAGACGGCUCGGCGCUGAGCGGAGUCUUUAUCUUCUUCUCGUUUCUUUUUAUGAUUUGAAUUCUAACAAAGCGGGGGAAAAGUUAUCCUACUCCUCCUCGAACAGAAAAUGAGUAGCUGUCUCCUCCGACUAGCACUCUUCGUGGCUUGCGUCCUCUCCACCCGCUGCACCGCUGCGCCCGGCACCGAGGCGGAGGCGCACACGGCGUCCCGGGAUACCUGCGCGUCCUGCGGCGUCGCCCAGCCGGAGGACCCCGAGUCGGGCCGGCUGAACGUGGACUUCCUGGAGGCGGUGAAGAGGCACAUCCUCAGCAGGCUGCAGAUGCGGGAGCGGCCCAACAUCACGCACCCGGUGUCGAAGGCGGCCAUGGUGACGGCGCUGCGGAAGCUCCACGCCGGGAAGCUGCGGGAGGACGGCCGGGUGGAGAUCCCCAACCUGGACGGACACCCGAUGAGCAACGACGUGCUGGAGGAGAGCUCCGAGAUCAUCAGCUUCGCGGAGAAAGAUGACAUGGUGACGUCCAAGUCCAGCCUCUUCUUCCUGAUCUCCAACGAGGGGAACCAGAACCUGUACGUGACGCAGGCCACCCUCUGGCUCUACUUCAAGGUGCUGCCGUCCCCUCUGGAGGUGCGUCCGAGGCGGAAGGUGACGGUGAAGGUGUACUACCAGGAGCCCGGCCUCGGCAGCAAGUGGAACCUGGUGGAGAAGCGGGUGGAGCUGAAGCGCAGCGGCUGGCACACCUUCAUGCUCACCGACGCCGUCCGGUUGGUAUUCGAAAAGGGCGACCGGCGCCAAAACCUGGACGUGCGCUGCGAGGGCUGCGACACCGAGGGCGUCACGCCCAUCCUGCUGAGCCAGAACGACGAGUCCCACCGGCCCUUCCUGGUGGUGCAGGCGCGGCAGGCUGACAACAAGCACCGCAUCCGUAAGAGGGGGCUGGAGUGCGACGGCAGCAGCAGCCUGUGCUGCCGCCAGCAGUUCUACAUAGACUUCCGGCUCAUCGGCUGGAACGACUGGAUCAUCGCGCCGUCGGGCUACUUUGGGAACUACUGCGAGGGGAACUGUCCGGCCUACAUGGCGGGCGUCCCCGGGUCGGCCUCGUCCUUCCACACGGCGGUGGUGAACCAGUACCGCAUGCGGGGGAUGAGCCCGGGCUCCAUGAACUCCUGCUGCAUCCCCACCAAGCUCAGCACCAUGUCCAUGCUCUACUUCGACGACGAGUACAACAUCGUGAAGCGGGACGUUCCCAACAUGAUCGUGGACGAGUGCGGCUGCGCCUGAGUUUGUUUCCUUCUUCUUUAUUUAAGGUGGAACUGAAGAACUUAACUGUAAACACAAUAUUACAACAACAACAAACAAAAAAAAAAUGAAUAUAGAAACAGAAUAUUUAUGGACGACGGAGAAAACAUGCGCACACACAACCUCAUCCACACAUAUCUACACACCCUCAUGUAUGCCUGCACAAAAACUUGUAUAUAUAUUUAUGUUUGUUGAUAUAUUGUGUUAUAUUCUCUGGUGGGAGACUGUUUCAGUCUCCACCAAAGGGACGUGAAGAGUUCUCUUCCAAAUCUUUAAAUAUCCACAAUCAGUCUCUGAAGUUCCUGGUUAAAUAUCUCUAAGAUAGAUCUGGUGUGAGACUUUUGUAACCUACUAGCCUUUACACAGCAGUCAGUCACGGUGUUAGAGCAGCUUGUUUAGACCUUUUGGAAUUAAACUCUUCAUGUGUAGAUCCCGACCUUGAACAUAACGUCUCCAGAGGAGGUGUAGGGAGCCUUACAUGAGUCACCACCAGGGUUGGGGUGAUUCAACUUUGCCUCUUCUCUAGAGCAGCGAGUGCAAACACCAGGGACGAGCACUGAAAAUGUCAAACUUCACCAACGUACAGCACUUCUGGCCAUUUACACGACUUUCUUCCACGAUAAAAAAAUGCGGCUUCAAGGACGCAUUCAAGAAACGGAUGGAAAGAGGAAAAAACAUCGUCUGUAGAGACUUUUCACCGACCUCCAAGCAGACGGCUGAAAGGUCGACCUGCUGGUUUGAGUCAUCAAGUACUGAUUCUUCUCUUUCCGUCAUCUUCAUUGUUGAGGACGCACUGCAACAUGUUUCUGAAAGUCUGCUAUUAUCAAACGUGGGUAAAGAUUUCCCAAACUGCUCGUGGGAUUUCCAAAGAGCCUCUGGGAAGGAGUGGAUGUUCAGAUUCAGAUUGACUAAAUUGUUCAGUAUUCUCAUUUCUUUGCCUAAAUUUAGGAAUUCUGGACCUCAGAUUAGUUGAUUCUUCUUUCCUAGAAACAAUGUCUCCCCGAAAAUGUGUAAAAUCGUGCCGCAAAUCAGGAAGUUCCUGUUUUAAAUUCAAGGAAUAGUUCACCUAAAAAUGUAACUGCAGUCCUCCUCUCCUCCUCCUGAUGAUACACCAGAACAUUUCUGGAGCUUCACAGUGAAACUGAGUUGCAGCUGAGACUUGAUUUGACACAGAGAAACCAGUUUGAGAUGUUUGUAUUGGUUAUUCUUUAAAUGUGUGUUAUUUUCUAUGAGAAUGCUGCGACUCUGUUUUGCUGUGAAGCUCCAGAGAUGUUUUGUGGACCAUGAAUCCAUCAACAUGUGGGUGGAGGAGGUCGAAUGUCUCCAUCACUGGGUCACAAACGAUGUCCAGCUCCUCUCGGUCCGGUUCAUGUACAAUCUAAAAAGGUCUGCGAGACCUGACAAACCUUCCCGAGUCUAAAUAAUUCUGACUCUGUGAGCUGAUCCAGAGUUUUCUUUAGUUCUCUAAGAACUUCGUCAUUUCCACUCGAGUUGUAAAUCACCUGAUAUCAGGAAUCACAACAACAAAAUGAAGUCACAUGUUGUUUGGAUAUCACAAGUAAAACAUUCCAGUUCAAAUAAAAAAAAAAAAGAUUGAACUCAUUUCAGUCAGUGAAAGUGAAAAGUUGAGCGGCAGCAGCUUCCCUCCCGACACUUCCACAGACUCGCAGAUUGAAAUGCCUUUAACGAGCCCGAUGUGGCGACCGUCGCCCACCGUCGCCCACCGUCGCCCACCGUCGCCCACCGUCGCCCACCGUCGCCCACCGUCGCCCACCGUCCUUCCAAAACAAAUAAGUGCCGCAUGAGCUAUGCAAUGUAUAGUAUUUACCCAGACACCAGACAAGCUGAACUCAAGCUCUUCUGACCAACUGUCACCAAUACUUGAAAUGUUAAGAGCGGCGAGCAGAGGGAGGUGGAGCCUCGGCGAGGAGGCCGGACGAGUCUCCAACCAAGUCGGUCAUCUUUGGCAUCACCUGGUUAUAAACAACACAGACCAGAGCCACGUCUCUCCAAACUGUCUAGAAAUCGACUUUAUCGUGCAGAGAAAACAUCUUCGUCUCGGCCCGAUACAGCGUGUCGAUGUUUUGGUAUGUAAUGAUUCAUACGCUCCAACGUCCUGCAGAUCUCUUCAGCUGCAGUGUGAAGCUUCGGCCACCAUCAAAGCUUCGUCCACUGAAAGUGUUUUUUUGUCUCUGACAGCCUGAAGUUGUCUGACAACACAACAGAGACCUUGUAGUGAAAUAAUAAGAUCCUUUUUGUUGCUCAUCGCCUGAAAAUACUGGAGUUUUUAAAGGUUUAGUGCUGAGAAUCACAGGAGGACUCAAAGGCAACUUGUCUUUGAACAGUUACGAUGGCUUCACUGUCGCGGUCGUGUUCGACAAAUUAAACAGAACGUUUUAUUUGUUUUAAACGAGUUUUCCUGUGAUUUUUUUACGUCUAUCCAAAAAAAAAAAACCAUCACCAACAAACUCACGUUUGUCUGAUUCAGUCGCUGGUGUUUAAUGAUCGGUUGGUUUUUUUUUGGUAAAGAUAAGUUUGACUUCCGUUAUGAACUCAUUGACUGAAACCUGUGGUAUAUAAAAAGAGGCUAACUGGGGCUAACGUUGACCCACAUGUGAUGCGUGUGGAGUGAUUUUUGGUGUCUAAAUGAAUGAGUCCCAGCGGAGUUCCCGUCAUGGCACCGAAACACACUUUGAGACACAGUUUCAGUCACUUUGACAUCACUUUGAUAUUUCCAGGUUCCAGCGACCUGUUAUUUCACUGGUGCUGCUCUCAUUUCCAGGCGUCAGGUACACAUCUACAGACCGACACCUGCUCGUUACGGCCCCGCCUCCUGCCCGACGCUCCGCCUCCACCUCCGCCUGCCGCCAUCAUCCCUCGCUUGGUCUCUCAAAAGCGAGCGGUCGUUAGAAUAUUUGCACUGAGGAGCUGUGUGACUAGUAAUAAGGAAAAACAAAUAAAAUACAUAGAAACUGCCAUUGAAAAUAAUAAUAAAAAAAAGAAGUUAUUUUUAUAGAAGCAAAAUUGAGCUCUGUUCAAAUGUAUUAUACCUAAUGAUGGAACCAAAGAGGCCACGAGGGCGAGCUGUGGAGAGAUGCUCUGUUGUUGUAAAUGACUUGUGACAGUUAAAAGAGGCCUAAACACUGUAUCAGGGUAUAAUAUCAGUCCAUAAUCUGCUUAAUCUCUUUUCUAUUUUGUACCUAGACAUGGAAUAUUUCAUAUUUUUUCAUCAAAAUUACUUAAAUAUUCCUAGUUUUCUUUUUCUUCUUUUUGUUAGCGCUCGUUACAGAUUCAUUUAGAGUGAAGCACACGCCAUCUGAUCCCUGUACAGUCGAUGUAACAUAUGAAUAUGCUUUUGAAAUAUUUUGUUCUUUGUAAUUGUUGAAAAAAAUAAAUUUCUUAUUACCAAUUGUA